AUGCACGUACAAUCGCCGGCAGCGAUGCGCUCUUCAGCCGACCUGGAACGCAUGGAUGCCUUACUAAAAGCCACCGGAAUUUCUACACCCAUAACCGUGUCCUCUUUCCCACCCGUCCAGCUGGAUGUGGAAGCAUGUUAUAACCAGCUGAGCCGUUCUCAAAACCAACGACCGGAGGAUAUAGUUAUGCGCCAAGCGCUGGAACUUUACUGUAGUCUGAUAUCACCCCCCACCACACCUACGGAAGUCUCCAAGUCGGGCUAUCAAUCAGAGCAGGAUCAUCUACCAAUUACACCGUCAGGAAUUUUUCAUUGCGAUGACGAGUACCGCCCAUCAUCAUUAGUUUUUGAUGCAGCCAAAGCGUGCGACUACGACCCCGCCACGGACCCAAAUCGGCCCUUCGGAUUUGCCUCUGGCCAAAAUUAUUUGCCUCAGCAUAAUUACAAGCCCCAUCAAACGCAUCUGACUCAGUACAGCUGGUCUACGCCCUCCACCGUUUCUGACCACAGCGACACCGACGACAUGGAUGAUCCAUUUGCCUGCUACCCUUCGUCUCACCCUCUGAGACUUACUCAGCACUCUGGAUACACUCCCCAAGUGAAUCCUGCUCCACGGAGGCAAUCUUGCGAACCGACUCUGCAAAAAGGGUCUCAUUCCUACGCAUCCCGAGAUAGAAUUCAAAUUUCCGCACAACAUCCCAUGAACUCGCUGGGAGGGUCUCUUGGAAUGGCCAAAGCAUCAUCUGCUGAUGUGCGCUCUCCGGGUACUAUCGCCCAAUCACUUGCCCGUCGCAGCUUUUUCAGCUCGACAGUUGAGCCAAGCGCUCCUGAGCCCAAACGACCCGCGGGUCGCAAACGAUCCUUUUCGGUGGUUUCAUUGGUCAAACAGCGCAAAGGAACGUCAACCAAUGCGGGGUCUCUACGCAUCUCCGGCCCGAUGCCAAUCAACACGUCGCAUUCCGCCUCCUCAUCUGGUACAUUCUCUAUUCCCGUACGCCCAUCCCGUUCAUCGGGUGCACGAUUGUCAACCGCCGGAUCAUUAUCUCCAGCACUCGAAGUCAACGAGGACAUAACUCCCGUGAAACCAAACCCCCACAAGCCGCGUACUCGCACGAGAUCUGGUACUCUGCCUCAAGAGGAAGAAUUAAACCCAAUGAACAUAUCCCGCAAAUACUCUACUCGCCCUGAAACCAAGUCCUUAUGGAAAACUCUCAAGACCUCAACAUCCCGUGCAAGUUUAAGCGUCGACCGACCUGUGAUUCACCACGUGAACCACUAG